AUGGGGCGGAUCGAGAUCGAUUGGGAGGAGGUGUUUGUCAACUCACCGUCCCAUGACCGCGAGGUCGAGGUCUGCUACGCCUCCCCCUCGUCGGCGCCGCGCGCCUCCGCGGCGAAGGCGGCGCGGGCGCGGGCGUUCGGCGUCGCGAAGGCGUUAUCGGGCGACGAGCGGCGGGGGUCCCCAGACAGCCACCACCGGAGGAGGUUCCGGGCGCUGCGCGACGAUGUCGACUGGUGCGUGGCCGAGCGCCGCACCGCCGCGCACCGGGGUGACGGGGCGCACCGGCCAGUGACCCGCGCGGCCGCGAAGGCUGCUGAUGAUCGGGGACAGGAUGCUCAUGCCGCUUCUAAGGAUGUGUUUGCUUUCGGCCUGGAAGAUGAGCAGGCGGAACGUGAGGGCAACAAAUUCCGUUCGAGGUUACCUCCCAUUCAGAAAAAUAAAUAUGGCCCGUUACCUUUGAAUACACUCAAAAGCCAAGGGCGUGCGGGGAAAAGGGAUCCUAUAUCGGUGGACAAGAUGUACUCAAGCCAACCAAGUUCCACAUCUUUAUCUGCAAAGAGGACUCAUGCCAUUGAUCCAGAGGUGUCUGAUCAUGAAAAAUGUCAGAAGGUUGAGAGUUCCCUCCCCAGAAGAUUCUCUAAGAGGAGGAAGGAACAGCUUCGGAAUUCAUCUUCUGUUUAUUCUCGAAAGGUUCAAGAUGUGGUUCUAUUGGAUGAUGAAGAUAUGAAACCUGAGGAAGAAGUAAACUGUGAGAUGUCUGACAGACGGAAUGAACCGAAGAUCUACUACCCAUCGAGAGAUAAUAGAGAAUCUGUGGAGCUCACCAGAUCUGAUAUUAAAUGUCUUGAUCCUGGAGUAUAUCUAUCGUCACCGGUGAUAAACUUCUACAUCCAGUACAUCAAAAGGAACAGAUUGUGUACUGAAGAUUUCAGAGACAAAUUCUACAUAUUUAACACUUAUUUUUAUGGAAAGCUUGAAGAAGCAUUGUAUUGUCCGGAUGAGUUCUCAAAGUUGAGAAGAUGGUGGAAAGGUGUCAAUAUAUUAAAUAAAGCAUACAUCAUCUUGCCGAUCCAUGGGACGGCGCACUGGAGCUUGGUAAUCAUUUGCAUUCCUGCAAAAGAGAGUAUUUCAGGACCAAUCAUACUUCAUCUGGACUCCCUAGCGAUGCAUCCCAGUACUAAGAUCUUGAACACAGUUGAGAGAUACCUUGAAAAAGAAUGGCGCCAACUAUCAUCAAUUUUAGGGACAACAUGGGAGGAUCUUAAAAGUUCAUGGCAGAAUAAUGAGUACGACUGUGGCAUCUUCAUGCUUUAUUAUAUUGAACGGUUUAUAGAAGGGGCACCAGAAAGAUUCACAAUUGAUAAACUUGAUAUGUUUGAUCGGAGUUGGUUCAAACCUGAAGAAGCAUCUGAUCUAAGGCGGAGAAUAAGAGAGCUACUGCUGGAAGAAUUUGAAAGUGCCAAGCUGGAUGAUGCUUUAUCAGGAGCAGAUGCAUCUGAUCCUGAUGACAGCAUAAAGGAUGGAGAACUGAAAGCAGAUGCACCUUCUGACAGUUCAGAAAUGGUCGUAGAGGUGGUAGGAGGGUUGGGAAGCACUGUCAAGAGCAAUGAAGGCAUCAAGGUUGUAGCAUCAGAAGAGGCAAGUGGAGAGUCAGGAGAUGCUGGUAAGAGUACUGAAGGCAUUGUUGCAGCAUCAGAAAAAAAGAGUAUUGAAGGCAUCAAUGUUGCAGAACCCGAAGAAGCAAGUGAAGAGUCUAUAGAUGCUUGUAAGAGUAUAGGAGGCAUCAACGUUGCAGAAUCUGAUGAAGCAAGUAGGGAGUUUGGAGAGACCGGUAAGACCAACAAAGGCACCAAGGUUGCAGUGUCAGAAGGAGCAAGUGUGUCUGGAUACACUGAUAAGAGUAUGGAAGACAUCUCUGACUACGAGGUUUCAGUAUUAGACAAAGUUCCAACUAGCAGCUACAAACGCAAAAGGAAGACCACAAGUGGAGAGUCUGUGGAUGCUGGUAAGAGUAUUGAAGGCAUCAAUGUUGCAGAACCAGAAGAAGUAAGUGAAGAAUCUAGAGAUGCUGGUAAGAGUAUAGGAGGCAUCAAUGUUGAAGAAUCAGAUGAAGCAAGUGGGGAGUUUGGAGAAGCUGGUAAGACUAACAAAGGCACCAAGGUUGCAGUGUCAGAAGGAGCAAGUGCGGAGUCUGGAUAUGUUGAUAAGAUUAUGGAAGACAUCUCUGACUCUGAGGUUGCAGUAUUAGACAAAGCUCCAACUAGCAGCUACAAACGCGAAAAGAAGGCCACAGCCCGUGUUCUAUCAGAAGCAGCUUCAUUUUCAGAUAGUGUCAAAGACGAAGAAGGUACGGUGAAAGCAGAUUCUGGCAGCUCAAAAGCUGAGAAAGAAGGUGAUUUGAUUGUAAUUGCAUCGCCGGAAAGAUCGGAGGGGAAUGAUGAGAUCAUUGGUAGCUCGCGAAUUCCAGAUGUAGUUUGUGACAGCUGCGACAGUGACACAGAUGCCACGCUGCUUGCGUACAUCGUCAUCCUUUUUGUUUUGUUUUGCUUUCCCGAUGAUAAUCGUCAUCCUCAUCGCGUUGACUGGAUGGAUGCUCCACCUCCACGGCUCCACGGCAGCAACUACAUGCUCAACUCCAAGGUGAACGAGGAGCUGGUGGCGGCGGCGGGGGUGGAGGAAGGGGACGUCGUGCUCGAGAUCGGCCCGGGCACCGGCUCACUCACCGCCGCACUGCUCCAGGCCGGCGCUACCGUCUUCGCCGUCGAGAAGGACAAGCAUAUGGCUACCCUCGUUAAAGAUAGGUUUGGAUCUACAGAACAGUUGAAGGUCAUUGAAGAAGACAUCACAAAAUUUCACAUCCGUUCCCAUUUUCUUACUUUGAUGAAGGAGAAAUACUAUGCCACCAAAAAACUUGCAAAGGUUGUAUCAAACUUACCAUUCAAUGUCAGCACCGAAGUUGUCAAACUACUUCUCCCAAUGGGGGAUGUUUUCUCUGUCGUGGUGCUUAUGCUUCAGGAUGAAACAGCAGUACGCCUUGCAGAUGCUUCAAUACAAAUUCCGGAGUACCGACCUAUCAACGUGUUUGUGAAUUUCUACUCAAAACCUGAAUACAAGUUCAGGGUUGACAGAGAGAAUUUUUUCCCUUGGCCAAAGGUUGAUGGUGCUGUUAUCAGCUUCAAACUAAAGAAUGCGGAGGAGUAUCCGCCAGUUAGUUCCCCGAAAAGCUUCUUUUCAAUGGUGAAUUACGCUUUCAUGGGGAAGCGCAAGAUGCUUAGGAAAUCUCUUCAGCACCUAUGCUCUUCUUCUGAGAUCGAGGCUGCUCUUGACAACAUUGGCCUUCCAGUUACAGCUAGACCUUCUGAUCUGAUUUUGAAUGAUUUCGUGAGAUUGCACAAUCAUCUGGCGAAAGUGCCUUCAGCUCAGCUGCCGCAGCACAGAAUGAAGCCAGUAUUUUGUGGGAACCUUGACUAUGAUGUUCGCAUCUCCGAGGUCGAGCGCCUUUUCGGGAAGUAUGGAAGGGUGGAACGAGUGGAUCUGAAGACAGGGUUUGCAUUUGUCUACAUGGAAGAUGAACGCGAUGCUGAAGAUGCUAUCCAUAGACUUGAUGGAAUUGAUUUUGGCAGAAAAGGAAGGAGAAUCAAAGUUGAGUGGACAAAGGAGGAUCGCACUGCUGGUCGAAGAGGUAGCUCAAGGAGAUCUCCAACCAAUGCAAGACCGACCAAAACCUUGUUUGUGAUCAACUUUGACCCGAUCAACACAAGAAUCCGAGAUCUGGAGAGGCACUUUGAUAAAUAUGGCAGGGUCGCAAAUGUAAGAAUCAAAAAGAACUUUGCCUUUGUCCAGUUUGAGGUACAGGAGGAUGCUACUAGAGCAUUGGAGGCCAUUUCAUGGACAGGGUCAUCUCAGUUGAGUAUGCACGCCAGCGAUGACGAUGAAAAAGGUGAAAGAGGGAACGGAUACAGCCCAGACAGGAGAGGUCGUGAAAGAUCCCCAGGUAGAAGGCGUUCUCCUAGUCCUUACGGCAGAGGAAGGGAGAGAGGUAGCCCAGACUACGGAAGAAGCAAGGAGAAGGGGAGCCCAGACUAUGGCAGGGGAGGACGCAGCCCUGAUAAUGGCAGGGGAGGACACAGCCCCGAUAAUGGCCGUGGAGUAAGCCCAAUCAAUGGUGGCAGAGGCGAUCAUGGCAGGGGAGGACGCAGCCCCGACUAUGAUCGUGAGCGCCGGGAAGCUAGCCCUCGUCGCGAGCGCCGGGAAGCCAGCCCCGGAUAUAACAGGUCCCCCAGGUUAGCAAUACCCUUCGGUGUCAUCUCAUAUAUUUGCAUGUUGUGA